GGGGCUGGAACAGCAGAGAGCAGCUGUGGCUGGAAGGAGGAUAGGCUGGGAAGGGAGAAAGGUCAGGGCUCCUGGAUGCUAUUGCAAUACAAGCAACAAAUAAUAUAGUGCUGAUAACAGAGACAGGAAGCCACACAGCUCCUGCAUCUGAGCUGUUGGUAAUCAAGGCUGGGAAAAGAGACUAUGGCUGCUGCCUUUUCCGUCUGAUCCGGGAACUCAGGCUGAGGAGGUGCUGCUCCCCCAGCAGGGUCUGAGCUGGGAAAGAUUUUGAUUAAAACCCCUCUCCGGAGGCUGAAACCAGCCCCCAGGGCUGCCACCAGCUCUGCCAUGAGCAGCUCCUAUGCUGGAGCCUCCAGGCUGCAGAGUAAUGUCCACAUCUCACUCCAGAUCGUCCCAUCCUUCGAGGGAAAAGAGAAAAGAAAUGACAACAGUGGAUCUGGCUCAGGCACUGGUGACCUUCGAGGAGGUGGCUGUGUAUUUCUCCAAGGGGCAGUGGGCUCUGCUGGACCCCGGUCAGAGAGCUCUCUACAGAGAUGUCAUGCAGGAGAAUUAUGAGAUGGUGGCCUCACUGGCUGGGUUUCCAGUUCCCCAACCUGAUGUGAUUUCCCAGCUAGAACGGGGAGAAGAGCCAUGGGUCAUGGAUCUUCAGGAAAGAGAGAUCCUGGGAUACAUCCACACAGAUGAGGAAGGGACCCCAGAAACCUUUUGCCUUUGGAACAAACAGCUGAGAUUCCCAUCGUGGCCCACAGGUGAUAGGAUGGUGAGUGAGAGCAAGGAGGAGAACCCUCUGCAGGAAAGACCUGAGCAGGUGGACCCCCAAAGGACAGCAUUGGGAGAAGCCAACAAAGAUAUUUCCCAUUGCUCUGAGCAAGGAGAAGCCUGUGAGAGUUGGUGCGGGCCAGAGAUACAGCCAGCAAAUCUGAGGUGCAGGUCCACUCAUGAAGGAGGAAGUGUGGAGGACUUUGACAGAACCCCAGCCCAGCCAGGAACGUGCGGUAGAGAGAAACUGCAUAACUGCGGCACCUGCGGGAAAGCAUUCAACUGGCGAGCGCACCUCCUCCGGCACCAGCGCGUCCACACAGGCGAACGCCCCUAUGCCUGCCCCACCUGUGGGAAGAGCUUCACACAUGUCUCCAACCUGACAGCGCACCGACGCGUCCACACAGGGGAGAUGCCCUACGCCUGCCCCGACUGCGGGAGGCGCUUCCGCUCAGGCUCUGCCCUCAUCGUGCACCAGCGUGUGCACACGGGAGAGAAGCCCUAUGCCUGCCCCGACUGUGGGAAGAGCUUCAGUGACUGCUCCACCCUAACUGUGCACCGGCGGGUCCACACAGGGGAGAUGCCCUACCCAUGCCCUGACUGCAGAAAACGCUUUCGGUCGGGCUCUGCCCUGGCAGCACAUCGGCGCAUCCACACAGGUGAGCGCCCCUACGCCUGCCCUGAGUGUGGAAAGUGCUUCAACCGCAGCUCCAACCUCCUCAACCACCGGCGCGUCCACACCGGCGAGCGCCCCUACCCAUGUUCUGAGUGCGGGAGGAGCUUCAGCCGGAGCUCACACCUGCUGCAGCACCUGAGGAAUCACAUGGAGGAGAAGCCCUACCAGUGCCAGGACUGCGGGAGGGCCUUCAGCUGCAGCUCCAAUCUCACCACCCACCGGCGCAUCCACACAGGCGAGAGGCCCUAUGCCUGCCCCCAGUGCAGAAAGUGCUUCCGUGGCAGCUCCUCCCUGGCUGCACACCGGCGUGUCCACACCGGGGAGAAGCCCUAUGCCUGCCCUGCCUGUGGGAAGCACUUCUCCCGCAGCUCCAACCUUGUCACCCACCAGCGUGUCCACACUGGAGAGAGACCGUACAAAUGCCCCAAAUGCGGGAGGAGUUUCAAGCAGAGCUCCGACCUUCUUAAGCAUCAGAGAAUCCACACAGGCGAGAGACCCUACGGAUGUCCCGACUGCGGGAAGACCUUCAAGCUUAGCUCAGAACUUAUUUCACAUCACACAGUCCAUGCAGGAGAGACCGCGUACAAAUGUCCUGAAUGUGGAAAGUAUUUUGCUUAUCUUUCAUCCCUGAUCUCACAUCAGAGAACCCAUGUGGGGGAGAGACCCCAUGAAUGCCCCGACUGUGGGAAGAGCUUCCACCAGAAGGCAUACCUGGCUGUACAUCAGAGGAUUCACAUGGGAGAGAAGCCCUAUAAAUGCCCCGACUGUGGGAAGACCUUCAGCCAGAACUCAAACCUUAUCAAACAUCAGAGAAUCCACACAGGAGACCGGGCAUACAAAUGUCUGGACUGUGGGAAAAGCUUCACCCUGAAGUCCGACCUUUACACACAUCGCACUGUCCACACAGGAGAGAGACCCUACAACUGCUUGGAGUGUGGGAAAUACUUUGCCAGUUUCUCAGCCCUCAUUUCACAUCGGCGAAUCCACACAGGGGAGAGACCCUAUAAAUGCCCUGACUGUGAGAAAGGCUUCAAGCAGAGCUCAAGCCUCAGUAAACAUCGGCGCAUCCACACAGGAGAGACCCCCUAUAAAUGCCCUGACUGUUCGAAAAGUUUCACUCAGAAGUCCAACCUUGUCUCACACCGGAGAACCCACACAGGAGAGACACCUUACAAGUGCCUUGAGUGUGGGAAAAGCUUCUCUCUGAGCUCAAACCUUGCUUCCCACCAGCGAGUGCAUACAGGAGAGACUCCUUAUAAAUGCCCCAACUGUGGAAAAUGCUUCAAACAAAGAUCAAACCUCAUUGUUCAUCAGAGAACACACACUGGAGAGACACCAUAUAAAUGCCCUGAAUGCGGAGAGAGCUUUAAACAGAGUUGUGAAGUUAUUUCACACCGAAGAAUCCACAUGACCGAGAGACCUUAUAAGUGUCCUGAGUGUGAGAAAAGCUUCUAUGAUGGCUCAUCCCUUAUGAAGCAUCAGAGAAUCCACACAGGAGAAAAACCCUAUAAAUGCCCAGACUGUGGGAAAAGUUUCUGUAACAGCUCACACCUCAGGAGACAUCAGAGAAUCCAUACCGGGCAAAAGCCCUAUCGCUGCCCUGAGUGUGGGAAGAGCUUCAGUCAGAGCUCAGCCCUUGUUGUCCAUCAGAGAACCCACACCGGGGAGAAACCCUAUAAAUGUCCUGACUGUGGGAAAAGCUAUAAGGCGAAGGUCUCUUUAGUAUCCCACCAGAAACUUCACAUGGGAUAGGAGCUGUUGGGGGUUCUCACUGUAGGUGACUGAGUUGGUGCCCUUCUGAUGCAAAAUAUGAAUGUGCUUCAUUUGAGAAAUAUCUGGACACGGUUACUGAAUUGGUUGGGAGGGAGAUGGUUUGGAUUUUAAUGGGAGAUGCUUGGUGGUGUCCAGAGCAGGACAGAGUGCUGGGUACUGUGGAGAUGAAGGGAUCUGACAAUGAAUUGCUAGGGAGACAGUAUUGUGAGUUCCUCGCUGGUUUUCAUAUUCAAAAGAGAGCCAAAUUGCCCUGUUGCAGGCUUCUUCGAGUUGUUAUCACCGUUAAGUGCCUAGGGAAAAGGGGAUGCUAUUCAGAAAAUCAGUGAGGCCUAGAUGCUUAUAUUUGGGCUAUAAGAAUUGCUAAUCCAUAUUGACAAGAUUUUGCAGUGAUGAAUAGCGUAUUGGACAUCCCUGCAGUUGGAGAACAGGCACUCAAAAUUGGCAGAUUAAUGAAAGGUUCCCCAGAAAAAUGGGGUGUUUGGAAAAUCAUCAUGUUAUUGUGAAGGCAGUGUAGGGCUAACAGUAAGGAAACAUGGGCUCAGGAUUCCUGGGUUUUAAUUCUCAGUUCUGAUUUGGGAAUAGGUCCAGUGGGUUGGGGCAGUGGACGGUGGAAAAUUGGCCUCCUCCUGUAUUUAGUUCUCAGUUCUGAGAGGAGGCUGAGGUCUACUGGGUAGAGGGAAAGGCAGAAAAGACCCCUGAGGCCCCAGGGGAGUUUAUGAUCAUUUUAAUUUCUGGAUUCACUAAACAACUCUGCUAAUGUCUCUGUGACAUUAUGCCAGCUCUUUCCCCUCUCUGUCCAUUUGUUACUUCUAUCCCUAGAGGAUACAUUAGUAGUCAUCCACUUCCCUGAAGCGUGGUGAGGCAUGAGUGCCUGCUCUGUCUUAUGUAGCUGAGAAAGACAAACACAAGGCUGUGUUGCUAUUUUACAUCACACAAUAUUCUCCUGUCCCUUCCUGGCUUUAUCUGUUGGGUAGUGAGUUUUACUGAGUCAAAGGAAAAAUAAGGUUUUAUUUGGAAGGGCUCAGCCCACUGCCAUUGUAUCUGUCAGGUGUCGUCAAACAGAUCUGUUCUGGGUGAUGAGCGUUUGGUUAAUCCAGCUUGUCUCUGCUCAGAAACUGUCUUCUUUAUUCUGCUCUGACCAGUUUGCUACCUACUUUGCAGACAAAAUUGUCUGUAUCUGGCAUGGCUUGGGGACAACCAAAAAUCACUAAUAAUGUUCAUUGUGAACUUUUCAUCUCUCUUGUAUCCCAGGAAUUUCCUUAACGUUCUUCCACUUUAGAAGCAGGAGAUUAGAAUAGCCCAAACCAGGACAGUUCCUUCUUUUUUAUCAAUUUCCUUUAAGGACAAUCACUCACUCUCCAGUCCUUUUGCUGGUAUCUUCUAUGAUGAGUAAAGGUUUAAUUUAAGGGGAGGGCCAUUCCACUUGAUUAACAACUUGAUUAACAUACAUUAUUAACCACUUGAUUAACAUACAUUAUUCCUUGUGAUUCUGGACUUGCAAUAAAAUAGAAAAGAAAAGAAAAAUAGUUCUAUGUACUUGUUAUGGGUCUUAUUAAAACAUGAACGAGUAUCUACUGUUAAAGAAACAUAACUGAGGUUAAAGCUACUCACAUGCCACUUUAAUGCUUAAGAAUGAAACCUCAUAAUCAAGUCAAGGUUACAACUGAAAUGGAAUCAGUAAAUCAUCAAUUUCAAACCAUUAACUUAAUACAGUAACUAGUAAUCAAAUACCAAAUUUGACAAAAUAAUGUUUUCAUUGAUUCUGGAGCAGGCAUUAAAAGAAGUGACUGAUGUGAUUUGACCUAACAUUUCCUAUCAAAAGAUCCUGUCUUGACAGUCUAGGCAAUUUAGUAGGUACAGGAGAUGAUGCAGAUAGGCACUGAAUAAAGAGGUUGAACCUGACAUAAUGCCUCAUUUGGCAUUAUGCCCUGCCCAAAGGAGAUCUGAAGCAGUAGACUAUACUAUCUAGUCUUAAGGAAAUACCAACACCCAACGUAUUUCUUUAACCACAAACCCAUGGCUGUCACAUUGCUCCCAUAAAUCUGAUGGUCAUCAUGAUAGUUAUUAUUGUACUGUUCUUAUUUCCUGCAACCCUCAAAUCAUGUGGGUUUUAACAAGUGUUUCAAGAAUGAAAUGAAUUAUCAGGCCAGGUUUACAGCUCGCAAUGACAGCUUUCAACACUUCUGUAACUUUGGAGGCACUAAUAUAGAUUAGGGACUUGGGGUUUAGGAAACAUGUAGCCACUCAUUCCAUCGACACAUGCACACACACCUUAAUAGCAAGAAAGUGUCCUCAAGCUUUGUGGUCCUGGGUACUUUUGACGCAUAGGACUGCAGUUAAUGGAACCCAAAUGAUGGAGGAGGCAGUUCCCACUCCUUCCCUCUUGGGAAUCAUCUUCAUAGAUUUAGGGCCAGAUCUCUGAAUGUAGUUAGCAUGGCCCAUAGCAGGCUGGCCUGAUGUCACUCUGGAAAGUGUCAUUCAUGAAUUACCACUGCCUAGAAAGAUCUUCUCUUGCAGCUGCAAGCAAUAUACACAGAAGUGUAACAGCAGCUGAAUGCUUAGGACAGCAGCGAUGCAUGGGGGCAGUGCCACUAGUGCAAUUGUGUGGCUGCAGCAGCAGCUGUUAUUUUUCCACCCCACCCCCAGGUCAGCACCCAGGGCUGCUGUCCCAGUCAUCCUACCUUCGUUACACUACUGAAUAUAUGCUCCAAAAAUACAAUGACUGUGGGGAUCCUUUCAGAGAAAGGAAAGCUAGUGCCAGGCUUCUGGCUAGCACAGAGCCCACAUUCAGACCCAGAUCCCACAGCAGGUUUCAAUGUAGGGUCAACAUUCAACACCAUCACUAUAGACAGCCUAAUCGUCGUCUCCACUGGUGCACACUCACAUAUCUCCAUACACCUGCACAGGACUUCUUAGCACUUCGUAGGCCUUUUGUCUGCUGCCACAUUAUCCUUCUCUCAGUUGUUAGUUAUCCCAUCCAUGCAGCAAGCCAAGAAAAGAGGGAAGUAAGGCAGGACCCACUCCAGCAGGGUCUUUCCGUUUCUCUCCAAGACUGUUACAAAUAUCUACGCUGAGACACCCUACCUGAUGAUUUCAUUUCAUAGACAUUAGGGCUGGAAGGGACCUCGGAAGAUCAUCAAGUCCAGGCCCCGGCCCAAAGGGCAGAAAGUCAGCUGGGGUCCUAGGAUCCCAACAAGAUAAGCAUCCAUUUUUGUCUUGAAGGUGUUCAAUGUAGGUGGUUGAACAGCCCUGCAUUGGAGACAGUAAUAAAAGCACCGGAUUUUUUACCUUGGGCCUGCAGCUCUUCACUCCCAUCUGGAACAGGUGCAUGGGAGGAGGCAAAAUAAAAGUCCUGGUGUUGGGUUUCAUGGCCUCAUCUCCAGAACCAAAUCAAUUAACAUGGGUUUGGAAGAGAAAACAGGACAGAAGAGCAUUGGGACACGAAUGCAGUUAUCAUUGGGAGUCACAGAAAUUAUGAGGACAAUGGGAGCUGGAUGGGAAACAAAUACCUAAGAUGGAGUUUGUCCAAAAGAGAUGGGAGCCUACAGCUGAUUUCUUUUUACAUAGAAAUGGCAUGGUUCUACUUGGGUGUCACUAGAUUCCUCGCUGUGCUCGGUAAGGGGCACGGUGAAAGGACAGAUACUGGAGAUGUUGUCAGGGAGAAAAAAGAGGGCUGCUUCCCCUCCAGAAGGGUCCAUGUAUCCAGCUACUGCAGCUCGUCCCAUGUAGAAAGUAUGUAUAUGUAGAUUCUCACGUGUCUAGUAAGGUGUAAAAUAGGGGUUCUCACCAUUAGGACAGCUAUAUGGCUUCUUUGUAGUGCAGAUUCUUGGCUAGAGCAUGGUUUCAUAAAGGUCCUCCAAACUUUCCCUUCGGUGGGUUACUCAAUCUGUUCCCUGGGUAGUUUCCUACAGCCACCGAUUUAUGCCUGUUGUGGAUUCUGCUAUGGGCUCUGGUGGCAGCAGCAGGAAAGUGAUGGGGGGGGGCCAUACUCAGACCAGCCUGGGGCUGCAGGUUAAGCCUUCAGUCUAAACUGUACUUAAAAGUUGCAGAAGAUGGCAGUCUGUUCCAGUGCUUAACCACCCUCAUUUCUGGAACAUUUGAUUUAAUCUCAGAUGUUGCCAGCAUGAACUGAUUGUAAUUGCCUAUUUCAAUCAUGAUUUUAAUCAGCCAAGAGGCAUCCUUGACCUGCAAUUAGAUAUUUGGGCGUCCCCCUAAAUUUGAUAGUCUUUGCUAGCUAUGGAGAUGCCCUAUAAUUACUUAAGGAGACCUUUAUUAGGAUUUUGAAUUUUUGAAUUUUUUUAGAAUGAAAAACAAAGGAAUUUCCUUACUAGUUAAUUUUUUACUUGUGAUUUACACCAGGCUAAUUUGGGUAGAAAUCAGCUUUUAUGAAUGGACUGGCACUCAGAAAAAUAAUUACUGUAAUCUUAUCAAAUCCUGUUUUGUAUUUAAAACCAACUGGUUUAUUAAAGAAAACAUCAUCUGUA